CGGGUGGACGUUUUGUUUUCUGUGAGGGAGGUGGAGCGUAGCCUACAGGAAGGCCACUACGCCCAGCGCCUGAGUCCCUCCGCACCAGUCUUCCUCACUGCAGUGAUAGAGUACUUGACGGCCCAGAUCCUGGAGCUGGCAGGCAAUGAGGCCCACAACAACGGAGAGAGGACCAUCACUCCGCAACUGCUGGACAUGACGUUUCACAACAACGCGCUGCUGAGCACCCUCUUUGACACAACAACCAUCUCUCAAGUGGUUCCCGACCAGGACUAG